CCAAUUACAGCCGCAGUGUGUGUUCUGUAGGACCGAGCGGGGGCUGUAAACAGCGGGCAGCGGGUCUGGGUCAGUCUGGAGCCGGGCUUUAGUUCAGUGUGUUCAGUGUGUGCUUUUAUAUCCAGCGCUGUCUUUCCUUUAACCUGUCUAACAGUCAGUGUGACGUUUCACAACCCGGAAAUAGCCGCUAGACAGCUGAGAGAGAGAGAGGGAGAGAGAGACAUUGAAAGAGAGAGAGAGAAUAUCAUUGCUGCUGGAGCUUAACGUGAGACCCGGACUCCACACGGCUCUCUCAGCGGCUCCUCCUUCAAGAGUGCAAGACCCGUUGCAGGACCGCAGCCUCGGGCGAGUGCCUGGGUGGGCCUUCCUCUUGUCACCUUCCUCUGCUAGUCUGCUGGUGGUAUCCUGUCAUGGGGAACCUCCUGAAAGUGCUGACGUGUACAGACCUUGAACAAGAGCCCAAUUUCUUCCUCGAUUUUGAAAAUGCACAGCCCACAGAAGCAGAGCGGGAGACUUGGGACGAAGUGGAUGUGGUCCUGAAGGAUGCUCAGGUGAUACUUGAUGAACUACAGGCCUAUAAAGGAGCAGGACAAGAGAUAAGAGAGGCAAUCCAAAACCCGAAUGACGAGGCGUUGCAGGACCAGGCUUGGGCUGCGGUGGUGCCCCUGGUGGGCAAACUCAAAAAGUUCUAUGAAUUUUCUCAGAGACUAGAAGCAGCGCUGCACAGCCUUUUGAGGGCACUGACCAACGAAACCCACAGUGACCCCACGCAGCACCUAGAGCGAGAGCAGGCCCUCGCCAAGCAGUUCGCAGAAAUCCUGCACUUCACGCUCCGCUUCGACGAGCUUAAGAUGACAAAUCCAGCUAUUCAGAAUGACUUCAGCUACUACAGAAGGACCCUGAACCGCAUGAGGAUUAAUAAUGUUCCAGCAGAGGGAGAAAAUGAGGUGAACAAUGAGCUGGCCAAUAGAAUAUCUCUGUUUUACGCUGAUGCCACGCCCAUGCUGAAGACGCUGAGUGAUGGCACAACAAAGUUUGUGUCUGAGAACAAGAACUUGCCUAUCGAGAACACCACAGACGUGUUGAGCACUAUGGCCAGUGUGUGCAAAGUCAUGCUGGAGACUCCUGAGUACCGUAGCCGUUUCAGCAGCGAGGCCACUGUGUCCUUCUGUCUGCGAGUCAUGGUGGGGGUGAUCAUCCUCUAUGACUACGUUCAUCCUGUUGGUGCUUUCGCCAAGUCCUCCAAAAUAGACAUGAAAGGAUGCAUUAAAGUUCUUAGAGAUCAGCCUCCGAACAGCGUGGAGGGCCUACUAAACGCGCUCAGGUAUACGACAAAGCAUCUGAAUGACGAGUCGACCGCAAAGACCAUCAAAAGCAUGCUGCAGUAAGAAGCAACUCUGGGAUAAUACACCACUGGCCUUGCGCAGUGUUCAGGAGACGCACUCCCUCCCGAACGACGGCAACGCACAGAAUGUUUUCAUUUUAUAAACUCAGUACAAAUCAGAUUAGACUUUUUUUUCUGUGCCAAACGUUUUUUGGUAAAAUUUUGAUUUUAACACUUCCAAAAUACAGUCAUGCCUCUGUCGGCAGCUACAGUACGGAAUGAAAAGAAACAAAAUGUUAGCUUAUUUUUGUGGGUCUUGUUUUAAUUUAGCUUGUUUCCCUAUAAAAAGGGAGGGAGAGUGUUUUUGACUUGAAAAAUGAAAAAGAGAUAUAUAUUGACAGAGAAAUAUAUAUAUAUUAUUUUUUGUUUGAAUUAAUAUUUAAUAUUAUGUCGUCUGCAUGACAUAAUGUUGUCUUUUUUCCCUCUAUUUAAGAAAAAACUAAUGUUUCAGAUUUGUUUGUCUGCUUGGUUGUGUGUAAAUUCAAAACUAAGUGAAUUUAAAUUAUGUUUUGCUAUUCAAAUGGUACUUGUCAAAGCGGAGAUUAUCAAAUGAUAGUACUGUUGGAGUUUUAUAUUUUUUAUAGGUCUUGAUUUCUGUGUUUUUUCAUAGUUGUGAUUUUUUUUUCGUUUUCUUUUUUGAAAACUAAUUUCAAAAUUGAGGAUAGAUAAAUACUGAAAUGAGGUUUUGAUGUAUGAUAACUUGCAAUGUGACGUUUAAAAAAAUAAAAAAUGCUUUCAUUUUUGUAA